UUUCUGAAAGGAACUUGUACUGGAACCAUAAACGAACCACACAUGAAGUAAUUGUGAUAAGAUUAAAUUAAGAAAAAACAAGACAAGAUCCAAAUUUAAGUUAGAUAAGAACAUGUAAAUAAGCUUUUAAGAUGGCUAUUUAUCGUCCACGAGGCACACUAGCCCGAGUAAUUCAUGCUAAAUUCCACAACGACAACUCCUUGGACAACAUAGACACUCGAAGGUGGUACUCAUUGGCUCACGCGUUGCCUUCGAGAUUUCAGUCGAAAUUUGUGCCCCUCGAGCAGCCGGACAGCACCACAGUACUUUGGUUGGAGCGCACUAAAUCGAACAGCACAAACAUAUGGAUGCACCUAUGGCACGCGUUGGCACGGUCUAUUCUUCAGUUUUUCAUGACUCAAACCGAUAUCAAUGGAUUUCUAAAACGUGGCUCAAUGUUUAUUUUAUCAGAGGAUCAAUUUAACAAGUUGCUUGUAGCAGGGGGCUUUUCCGCAACAUCGGAGCCGGUUACGCUAUUGGAUAUCGGUGCCGGCGACGGCGAAAUCUCAUUGCGAGUGGCCAACACUGUGGCCGAACUAAGUGGAAAUGCCGGCCUUAGAGUGUUUGCGACUGAGGCUAGUUGGACAAUGCGAGAUAGACUGAAGAAACUCAAUUUCAAUGUGAUUACGGAGAUCGGAGGCUUGCAAAACAUGGAGCUGAUAUUAUGCCUGAACGUGCUAGAUAGAUGUUUUGACCCUUUCAAACUCUUGGAAGAUAUUCACAAUGCACUGUCGCCUGGGGGUAGAGCUGUAAUAGCCCUAGUGCUUCCAUACAUGCAUUAUGUUGAGACAAAUACUUCGCAUCUGCCAAUUCGUCCACUCCUAGAGAGCAGCAACAACGGACGCCAAGCUUCUUUCGAAGAAGAGGCCACAAAGUUUAUGGAGCUACUGGAAAACUGUGGUUUCAAAGUAGAGUCCUGGACGAAAGCUCCAUAUCUGUGCGAAGGAGACCUUCAUCAGUCAUUUUAUUGGCUCAUUGAUCUAAUUGUUGUAAUUUCAAAGAAGGUAUCUUAGACCAGACCCCAUAUCGGUCUCCAAAAAACUCGAAAAUCUCCAGUUUACAAAAUGCAUCUAAAACUUUGCGACCGCGAGUACGAAAAAUUAAGCUUGGAUUCCUAAAUUCUUUCUAAAAUAAGUUAGUGGCUAUGUCGCGAAGCUGAGCAUUUAUACUUAAUAUAUACAUAGGCCAUAAAAUAGAUAUCAAAUUAUACUUGUGUAAUAAAUUACCAAAAAUGUAAUUUACAAAACCUGUUUGAAAUGAUUGCAUGGGACUAUAUUGAUGCAUCCGCGUGUCGAAACACUAAAAAGAAACCGUUCUAAAGUUGAAAAAAGUUUAUUACAUUGAAAUAUAACAGUUUAGGAACUCUUUUUUCACAUAUUUUGGAAUGUAACAGAUACGGGAUACUUAAGAAUAGAUAUUUAUGUGGUGGGAAUAUAACAGAUAAG